UUACAUAUACUCCCUUUAUGAAAUGACAUCACAGUCAGAGUGAGAGAUCGACUAUCAUAAAUUUGUAAAAGAGAAAGAAGUCAGAACUAACAUUGCAUUCCUUUGGUUCCUGUACUGUUUUGUUAUUGGAAUAUGACUCACAGGAAGACAUAGUUAAUUUCUCAGCAUGUGAAAAUGAGAUGGAAUUCACCUGUACAUGGAGUGAAGAAAGAGCUGUUACAAAAGGACUACAGUGAAGGUGGAUUAAAAUUGAUCAACCUAAGCUCCUUUAUCACAACCCUCAAAUAUACAUGGGUUAUAAAACAUUUUCAAUCCGACUAUACACCAAGAACACCAGCAAUUACCAUAAACCUAAAUCGACUUAUAGACAAAUCAUUGGAACACAAUGUAAAAGAGUCUAAAGUUUGGCAUGAGUUCCAUUUGAAUGAUCAGGGGAAAAAAAGAUCAUUUGUUUUACAGUUCCAGAAAGGACCUGAGUUUGAUGAGUUUUAUCAGAAACUUCAGAAUGUCAUCAUUACUCUGAAUGCUUGUAGAGAAGGCAAAGCAACAACAAAUAAAAAAUAUAUUUUAGUAGGAUUUAAACAAAAAGAAUCGAAAGAGUUUAUUCAGACAGUUUAUAAAGAAGGCCACUGCUUAAAAGAAAUAGGCUCAGCAGAAAGUCGAAACAGUGCUUUUUCUAGUUCUUCAAGCAGUUCAAAAAAUUCACCAUCAAACUUUUACACCUCCCCUCCUUUUUUGCCAAAACCAUACACACCUAAUUCACAAUUUACAAGAGUUACUGGCUUAGAAGAAGUACUGGAAAGAAAUAAGAUUACAUGUUCUGCAACGUUGGAUAAAAAGACCCCUGAGGAAAAAUACUACAAAGAAAUAUAUGGUUCAUUAUCUGAACCUCCAUCAGGUCAGUCUCUUCUUAAAUCAAUUGAUGAAUCAGCUUGGACAGUAGUUGCCAGAUCAGAUAUUGGUGGUAGAGAAACAAUUAAAGGGCACAAGCAAACUUGCAAAGAUCUGUCUGAUCAGGAAGAAAAUUUGGGAUUCUUACAAAGUUUAAGAAUUACAGAAAUAGACAUAAAUACUAAAAAUAGUAAAAAUAUUGACAAGGAUAACAGUUCUAGAAAUCUUGGCCUAAGUGAGGGUUUCAACUAUACAGCUAUUGAUUUUGAAUGCACUGCUGAGACAAAAUCAAACAUUUUUGAGGAAAACAAUCUUUUAUGUGUUUGUGCUGAAAACCUUAGAAUGAAAUCAAGGCAAGAGCAAAACCAAUUGAAACAGUAUACACAACUGCUGCAGGCAGCCAUUAAUGAUGGGGACCAGGAAAAUGCUCGUCAGUAUGCUGAUUUUUUGGCAGCCAGUCAUAUUAAAGUGUCUGUGUUAUUAGAUGAAAGCAGUCUUAAUGAAGAAACAAAUGAUCAGGACAUCAAGAUAAAAGUUUUUGUUGAAGAUAAAGAUUGCUCUGGAGGAAGUUUGCUGCUCACUGUAAAACUUAAUGAUACAAUAGGAGAUCUUAAGGCUAAGAUGUUUUUUAAGCAUAAGUUUCCUGUAGAGGUACAGAAAUGGAUAGUUGGUAAAAGAAUACCAAAGGAUGAAGAGACAUUACAAAGACUUAGAGUAACAAAUGGUCAGACAGUAUUUCUGUAUCUUGUGUCUGCAAAAUCAGUAGGGCUUGAUAAAAAGCAUCGUAUGACAGUUUCAGGUUAUGUUGAUACUGUGAUGACUGAACCAGGUUUACCUCAGAAUCAAAUGAAGGAUUUGACAUGUUCUAAUGCAGAAAUGAUUGGAAAACCUUCUACAUUUCCAACUCCAAGAGAAUGUGUUAAAGCACCAGCCAAGAAACCACAGCCAGCAAGAGGAGAAACAACUGCUAGUGCAUUAGAUAAAUCAAUUGGUUGGCAUUGUCAAGCAUGUACAUUUUUAAAUCUUCCAACUCGUCCUGGGUGUGAAAUGUGCUCCCAACCUAGACCAAGAGAUUAUAAGAUACCUGAUAAUUAUGUCAUGUCCAAAGAAGAGUUAGAGAGAUUGCAAAGAGAACAGGAGGACGAGCGGAAAGCACAGCAGUUAGAACUAAAUAGAACCAGAAAAGAAGAAGAAGAAAGUCAACACAAUUUCCAGCAACUUUUGAGAACUGACCAUCAAAAUUUGGUUGCCAAUACUGACAAUUUUGAAUGUCCAAUAUGCUUUGACAGAAUUACAUCUGGAGGUGGUGUUAUCCUUAGAGAAUGUUUGCAUAGUUUCUGUAGGGAAUGCCUGAAGGGAGCUAUUAUACACAAUGAAGAGGCAUAUCUUAAAUGUCCUUAUCAUGACGACAGUUAUUCAUGUAAUGCAUCACUUCAGGACAGGGAGAUUAAAGCUUUAGUUCCUGUCGAUGUAUAUGAAAGAUAUUUGCAAAAGAGUUUAUCAACAGCAGAGAGCCAGGAGAUAAAUAGCUUCCAUUGUAAAACUCCUGACUGUCGGGGAUGGUGUAUUUAUGAAGAUCAUGUGAACUUCUUUAACUGUCCUAUUUGUAAGAAAGAGAACUGUAUGACAUGUAAAGCCAUACAUGAAGGAGUGAAUUGUAAAAAGUACCAAGAUGAUUUACAGUCACCUGCAAAUAACAAUGCAGCUGCUAAAAGAACUAAAGAGAUGUUAUACGACAUGGUUAAUAAAGGGGAUGCAAUGCAUUGCCCUCAGUGUAAAGUUAUAUUACAGAAAAAAGAUGGAUGUGAUUGGAUAAAAUGUUCAAUAUGCAAAACGGAAAUAUGUUGGGUGACAAAAGGACCAAGAUGGGGACCCAAUGGUCUAGGUGACAUAUCUGGUGGAUGUCGCUGUAGAAUUAAUGCUGAACCUUGCCAUCCUGACUGUAAUAAUUGUCAUUAAGAUAUGCUCCCUGCUUAGUGUCAUCUAGCAGCAGUGUUUAACUUAUUCAAGCUUUGCCAAGAGGAAUAUAAUUAUGAUUAUAUGUUGUUGUUUUUUUAAUUAUUUAAAUGUUUAACUCAAAAUGCCAAAUUGCUAUCAGGUGGCAUCUUUAGAAUAAAUAGUAUCUGAGACUGCUAGACCGAUUGAAGCGCAUCAGUUUAUUCUUUCUUCAAAGUGAUAUCGGAUUAGCUGAACCCAGGAGGCAUUUUUUUUAUAUGUGUAAAAGACAAUAUAUUCAUACAUGUCAUUUGACGUGCAAGGCAAAUAUGAUCGAUUGCUAGUCCGUCUCCCGUAAUUCGUCAACAUUAUUUGAAUGCACUUUUAACCAAACUGGGCAGGAAUGAGACUUAAGUCUUGUUCUUUAUUUGUUCCGACCAACGACCAAACAUAGGGGAAUUUACCCCAGACAAUGACGAUUGGUGAUAAAAAAAAUCAAUUUAAACCCCAUUUUCAUGUUCUCGGAAACCACAUGUAUUUGCCAAUUCUAACUUAACUCGACAAGGUCAAGUGAAAGUUUUGAUUGGAUGAAAUACAAAAUGUAUGUAACUGUCAGAGGCAAUAUUUAGAAUCGUGUUGCUCCUCUAAAGCUACAUACAAGUCAACAUAUUUAGAACUGUUGAGAAUUGACUAUAGGGAAGAACGUCCUUCCUUUUUUCGAAAUUUGUGGGAAAUCACGUUUUCAGUUUUGAUCUUUUAUGAUCAGUUUUUAAAAACAAGCUUCAUUUGGAACCGAUCGUGUAAAAACAAGUUUACAGAAGCAUGCUUUUCUUUCAAAAACGUCUUAGCUGAAACUCCGGUCUUGCUGUUUGCCACCUUAGCACAAAGAGGCGUUUGCGGUAUGCCACUUCAGCACAAAGAGACGAUUUUUUUUCGCGAUUUUGGUUAGGAAAUCCUGUAAAAUUGUGCUACACUGUCUAUAAUAUUCAAUUUCCAGUAAGAUUUUGACCUUGUGAAUGAAACAGGUCUUCUUUACAUGCCCUUCUAUGCCUUCUUUAUAACUCUACUCCUCUACCAGGAAAUUUUCUACCCAAGGCAUAGAUUACUUUAGCUGUAGACAAAACCUUUCAGAUUUUUGGUUCUCCUUGUACUUUUUUUACUUUUUUAAUUCGAGCGUCACUGAUGAGUCUGUCUUUUGUAGAUGAACCGCGCGUCUGGGCGUCCAGAAUAAUCAUGGUAUCUAAAAUGAGUUUAUAAACAGAAGUGAAUGUUCCUGUUGGAACACAUUGCUACAAAUAUUAAGUGACAUUCUGAGGAGAAAUUACAUGUUCUUCUUUCAACUGACAACAAAUGGGAAAUAAAUUUGUAAGAUCAUAUUUUAACUAAUUAUAAACAUUUGAAAAUCAUUGGAUCUUGGAGAAUUUUGUAUUCUUGGUAUGAAACUAUAGGUAUUGAAGCGAGCGAUUUAAAGUGAUGGGUGGUUGAGUUUCGUCCUUCCGUCGUCCUUUCAUAUCCUUAAUUGUAAUCUGGCAUACUUGGCCAUCCUCCUCUUCGCAUCAGUACUUUUGUCGUGCAGUGAGCCAAGGAACCAGAGCUACCAAAGUUACCGCUGAACGUGUUAAGUAAGUGUAAAAUAUAUGGGAAAAAAUUAUUUGUAUCACCAGUAAAUAAGAAGACGGCCAUUUGAUUCUGAAUAGAGCGCUUCUGAUUCUCUUUGGAAAAUUAAUUAAAUUAAAUUGAGAGGUUGUGUUAGACGCCUAUUUUAACACUAUAAUCUUUAAAUGUUCAUAAUAAUGGUCAGUUUCAAUCUUAAAUAAUUAUGGAAAGUUGUUUUUGGUGGAGGAAACCAGAAUCCCGGAGAGAACCACCGGUGGAAUCGAAAGGAAUACAGGCAAUCCUAGUCAAAUGAGAGCGGGGUAAGGCCUUUGCAUAUAAAAAUUCGGCCCUUGUAUAUAAAAAGACGGAAGAAGAAAUAUAAGAUGCCAUAUAAACAGAAAUUCUGUUCGAAUUGAAUAAAUGAAACGUCUUAGUGGAAAUAUACAAACUAGUCUUCAAGUAGAGACUUUUUGGUUGAAAAUUUGGCAUACUUUUCUGAUCAUUUAUUUCCUUUCCCCCCAUGUCAUAAACGACAUCUUUUGCUGUCCAUUGUCAUGUAGAUUUUUGAUUUAUAUAAAUGCCAUCAAUUUUGAAAACAAGGAUUUUUAGCUUCCAGUAGAAUUUUUUUUUUAAAUAUGCUCUAAUUUAUAAUUAUUUUUUUUUUGUAUCAAAAAGGGAUAUUGAGAUGAAAGAGCAAUUUUUUAUUAGUUUUUCUUUUCUUAAGAAAAAAAAAAGAAUUUUAAAAACUGCGAUUUGUUGCAUUAUUUUUUUCAUCAAAGGUAUAUUUUUUAAAAAUGUGAAAAAAAAAGGUUUUUCUUUUUUAACAAUUGAUGGUUGAAACGAACCAAUUACAUUCAGUAGGAUGAAAAAAACGACUCAUAUUAAAAAAGGUGCCCUGUACGAUAUCUUUAGAAAUAUCAUGGAAACGACAUACUAAAAAAUUCAGACAGCUUCAAUAACAGUCUGGAUUUUAGAGAGAAGAUAAUUUGGAUUCGAGAAUGGUGACAACGACAAAAAGUGAUGGUAAACAGGCAAAAUAAAAAAUUAAAAAUUAAAAUAUAAAAAUUAAAAUCAAUUUAGAAAGGCAAUACAAUCAGAAUUAAGGAAUUUCAUGAUCUUAAUGUUUUUAACAUUAUUGUUCGAUGCAAUAAGAUGAGUCACAGUCAUUGAACACAAUGUUUUAUUGAUAUAAUUUAAUAAAUAUAUUGAUAUACUGAUCAUGAACCUCUGCCUGACCAAAAUCACAAUUAAAUCUAUUUUACAACAUCGAUAUACAAGAGCUGAACAUUUGUUUUCUGUAUUACUAGUAGGAAUUUUGAAAGUAACAAUAAAAAGCUAUUCGCAGCCAUGAGAAAAGCUAUUGCUUAUUUCAGUGCAUUUUUUUAUAUUUUUAUUGCCGUCUGUUUAAGGAAUGGACGAAAUAAAUUUCUGUAACUCACAUUAUAAUGGUAACUCAGCAUUAUUUAUUUCAUCAAAGGUAUAUUUUUUAAAAAUGUGAAAAAAAAGGUUUUUGCUUUUUUAACAAUUGAAACGAACUAAUUACAUUAAGGAGGAUGAAAAAAACGACUCAUAUUAAAAUAGGUGCCCUGUACGAUAUCUUUAGAAAUAUCAUGGAAACGACAUACUAAAAAAUUCAGACAGCUUCAAUAACAGUCUUGAUUUUAGAGAGAAGAUUAUUUGGAUUCGAAAAAAAAAAAGAAUUUUAAAAACUGCGAUUUGUUUACAAAUAUUCAUUAUUUUUUUCAUCAAAGGUAUAUUUUUUAAAAAUGUAAAAAAAAAGUUUUUCCUUUUUAACAAUUGAUGGUAGAAACGAAACCAAUUACAUUCAUGAGUGGAUGUUUAUGGAAUGGACAAAAUAAAUUUCUGUAACUCAUAUUAUAAUGGUAACUCAGCAGUUUUCACAACUCUGCGCAAAUCUUUAUUAAAAUUAAGAAUUAAAAAACAAUGGCCUUUUAUCAAUUUAAUUUCCAUUAUUUUGCACAAUUUUCGCAGAUUUACUUCCACGUAUUUGGAAUUCAUAAAUUUGACUAUUACUGAAUUUUCGUUUCAUUUAAAUUUUAAUUUUAUUGAAUUCAUGACUUAAAUUUUGUAUAUAUAUCUUGUAAAAUUGAUUCAAUUCUGAUUUUGUUUCAAAUAAUGGGUCACGCAGAGCUUCAAAACAAACAAUCACAUACUAAAUUUAUACAAUGAAAUGAAGUCAAGAAAGUUAAAAUAAACUUAUUAUUUGCGCGUUUGUGGUCUUAGCACCAGAUGGUCAUGUUUAUAAUAUACAUCAUCAUUACUACAUGAUAUAAUCAUCAUAUAACAGAAAAUCUGCUUGCUGGCUCUAGAGCACCAGUAGCAUUUUAAGUUCAACAAUUAAAAAAACUUUUGGAAGAUUUAAAUUUUUAUACGACCGCAAAGUAAUGCUAUCACGUCGUCGUCCGAAGACAUUUGGUUUCCGGACAAUAACUUUAGUUUAUAUGAAAUUGAAACAAAAGGUUCAAUACCACAAAAGGAAGGUUGUGAUUGUUUUAGGGGGUGAUAGUCCCAACCGUUUAGGAAUUAGGGGCCCAAAAGGGGUCCAAAAUAAGCAUUUUUCUAGUUUCAGGACAAUAACUUGUGUAUAAGUAUUGUGAUUGCUCUGAAAUUGUACCACAAGGUUCAAUACCACAAGCAGAAGGUUGGGAUU